AUGAGAACAUUUGGGCCGAAUGUCUUUCGGUCCGUUUCUCUGAGACUAAAAGCCUCUCCCACCUUGACAUCACAUGUUGCCGUUCGAAGGUAUGCACUAGAUGCCCGAAUAAUCAAAACGGGAUUCAACCUAUUUACUUGCCGCUUAAAUUUCCAAAUUGAAGAUAGGCUCAAGAGGGGUGACAUUUCACAGGCGCAACAGGUGUUCGAUGGAAUGUCUCAAAGAAAUACCGUUUCAACGAAUACUUUGAUCUCAGGUUAUGUGAACUCAGGUAAUCUGAGUGGUGCACGAGAGUUGUUCGAUCGCACAGUCGAUCGAAAUACAGUGACCUGGACUAUCUUGAUUGGUGGAUAUGCACAGUGCAACCAAACCCAAGAAGCAUUCAGACUUUUCUCGGAAAUGCGUCGAUCCGGGGCGGAGCCAGAUCAGGUCACCUUCAUCACUCUCUUAUCUGCAUGCAAUGGUUCCGAGAGGACCGAGACUGCAGAUCAAGUAGCUCAAGUUCAUGCCUAUGUUUUUAAGUUGGGAUACAAAUUGACCCUUCACGUCUGCAAUACUUUGGUCGAUUCCUAUUGCAAAGCGCAAUGCCUCGAUUUGGCAUAUCAACUCUUCAUUGAGCUGCCGCAAAGAGAUUGUGUUACAUUUAAUGCUAUGAUAACGGGGUACUCUAAAGGUGGGUUAAACGAGCAAGCCGUGAAACUCUUUCUGGAGAUGCAUAAAUCAGGGUGGAAGCCUUCUGAUUUCACCUUUGCCGCUGUUCUGUCUGCCGGUAUUGGAUUAGGUGACCUGGGUCUCGGACAACAGGUUCACACUUUCAUUUUCAAGACUAAUUUUGUUUGGAAUGUGUUUGUGAGCAAUGCCUUGCUUGAUUUCUAUUCGAAGCACGAUUGUCUAGUGGAAGCAGAGAAGCUCUUCCAUGAGAUGCCGGAAAUGGAUGGUGUUUCUUACAAUGUUCUAAUCACCUGUUAUGCAUGGAAUGGGCAAUUUAAAGAAUCCCUCGAUCUCUUUCAGGAAUUGUGGUUCACUGAAUUUGACCACAAGCAAUUUCCCUUCGCUAGCAUCUUGGGCAUUGCUGCAACUCUACCAGCUUUGGAUUUGGGUAGACAAACUCAUGCCCAAGUAAUUGUGACAUCUGCGGUUGAAUUGGAUAUUGUGGGGACUUCUCUGAUUGACAUGUAUGCCAAGUGUGGUUGCUUGGAAGAAGCACAGAUGAUCUUUGCCAAGCUUACCCAGAGGAGCACAGUUUCAUGGACAGCCAUGAUCUCAGGCUAUGUUCAGACAGGGCUUCAUGAGGAAGCCCUAGGCAUGUACUCCAUGAUGCAUAAAGCCAAUAUAAGCUCAGAUCAAGCAACUUUUGUUAGCAUCUUAAGAGCUUCUGCAAAAUUGGCUUCCCUUGGACUAGGGAAACAAUUACAUUCAUACAUAUUCCAAUCUGGGUUCAUAACUAACGUGUUUGCUGGGAGUGCGCUUCUUGAUAUGUAUGCAAAAUGUGGAUCUAUAAAAGAUGCGAGCCAAAUCUUUGAUGAGAUGCCAAUUCGAAAUCUAGUAUCUUGGAAUGCCAUGAUCUCAGCUUAUGCCCAGAAUGGGGAUGGUGAGGCCACUCUUAGAUCAUUCAAUGAGAUGAUUCUCUCAGGUAUUGAACCUGAUUCAGUAAGCUUCCUCAGUGUUCUAUCUGCUUGCAACCACCGUGGCCUUGUUGAGGAAGGAUUACAGUACUUUGAUUCCAUGACUGAAAUCUAUAAACUUGCUCCCAAGAGAGAACACCAUGCAUGUAUGGUUGAUGUCUUGGGUCGAAGUGGACAAUUUGAGAAAGCAGAGAAAUUUAUGUCUCAGAUGCCCUUUGAGCCUGAUGAGGUCAUGUUGUCAUCAGUUUUAAAUUCAUGCAGGAUCCACAGAAACCAAGAACUGGCAAAGAAGGUGGCAGGCCAGCUCUUCAAUAUGGAUCUCAAAGAUGCAGCUCCAUAUGUCAUCAUGUCAAAUAUUUUUGCAGCAGCUGGUCAGUGGGAUGAUGUUGGGAAGGUGAAGAAGUCGAUGAAGGAGCGUGGAGUUAAGAAGGUGCCCGCUUAUAGCUGGGUUGAGAUCAAACAGAAGAUUCAUAUGUUUUCAGCCAAUGACAGGUCCCACACACGAAUGGAUGAGAUCAGGAAGAAACUCAAAUGGUUGUCUGGACAGAUGGAGAAGGAAGGGUACAAGCCCGAUACAAGUUGUGCUCUUCACAAUGUGGAACAGGAACUAAAAGUUGAGUCCCUCAUGUAUCACAGUGAGCGCUUGGCAAUUGCCUUUGCUUUGAUCAGUACACCACAAGGGUCACCAAUACGGAUAGUAAAGAACUUGCGAGCUUGUAUAGACUGCCAUGCUGCAAUGAAGGUGAUUUCAAAGAUAGAAAAGAGGGAAAUUACCGUUAGAGAUUCAAGCAGAUUCCAUCAUUUCAAAGAUGGCCUUUGCUCUUGCAGGGAUUACUGGUAGACUAAAGGACAAUUACUAAGGAUUUUAUAGGUUUUCUUUCCCUAUCAACAAGGUCCAAGGUAAUUCAACCUCGGUUUCAUAUACGAUGGGAUAAGCAAAGGCCAGAAUUUCUGGAACCCCUCUCUAAACAGAGCACUGUGUCAAAAGAUCUUCCCCAUUCUUAUGUUAAAGAUAAAUGCUCAAUGAGUCAAUGUUCAGAUCCCAGAUAGGAGUGCAUGACAAGAACCAUUGUCCUCAGAUGUGCCAUAUCCAGGGUUUCAGCAGCUGCCAUUGAUGAGUUGUAACAUGAUCUACUGUGUGAAGGUUAUGGUUGUUGAG